AUCUUUUGCAUACUGCCGUUAAAACUUGUCUUGACAGCCAGCAAACGUGGAAGAAUUCGAAUUUCGAACUUCAAAAAAGGGAAUCAUCCCCAACGUAUUGCACAAUUUGUACUCCUUUACCCGCACCCCUCCACUGAGCUAUUUGCUGAUUUAGCAUAUUCCGUUGGUUCCGUUUUACUCAGCAGAGUAAAAGAAAUGGACAAAGAGGAAAUGGAAAAUGAGACUAAUCAGAUCGUCGAGAUCAAAGGGAUUCCCAAUCAUGGCGGAAAAUACACUCAGUAUAACGUCCUAGGAAAUCUCUUCGAAGUCCCCUCCAAGUACAUGCCUCCUAUUCAACCCGUCGGCCGUGGAGCUUAUGGCUUGGUUUGUUGUGCUUCGAAUUCUGAAACAAAGGAAAAGGUUGCAAUUAAGAAAAUUGGGAAUGCAUUUGAUAAUAGGAUUGAUGCCAAAAGGACUCUCCGGGAGAUCAAACUUCUUUCCCACAUGGAUCAUGAGAAUGUAAUCAAAAUCAAAGAUAUAAUACGGCCACCAGAUAGAGAGAAGUUCAAUGACGUUUAUAUUGUCUAUGAGUUAAUGGAUACUGAUUUGCACCAAAUAAUAUGCUCUUCCCAGCCACUCACAGAAGAUCAUUGUCAAUAUUUCCUUUAUCAGUUAUUGAGGGGACUAAAGUACAUUCACUCCGCUAAUGUUCUCCACCGGGAUCUCAAGCCCAGCAACUUGCUGCUUGAUGCAAAUUGUGAUUUAAAAAUAUGUGAUUUCGGGCUUGCACGAACCACAUCAGAGGCAGAUUACAUGACAGAGUAUGUUGUCACAAGGUGGUAUAGGGCCCCUGAAUUGUUACUCAGCUGCUCAGAAUAUACUGCAUCAAUUGAUAUAUGGUCAGUUGGCUGCAUUUUAAUGGAAAUCAUUAAAAGAGAGCCUCUCUUUCCAGGGAGAGAUUACGUUCAGCAAUUGACCCUUAUUAAUGAGCUAUUAGGUACCCCAGAAGACUCUGAUCUCGGGUUCCUGAGGAGUGAUAGUGCUAGAAAAUAUGUAAAGCAGCUUCCUCAUGUUCCCAAACAGCCCUUUUCCAAGAUGUUCCCGGAUAUGCCUCCCUUAGCUAUUGAUCUUGCAGAGAAGAUGCUGUUGUUUGAUCCAACAAAACGCAUAACUGUUGAGGAUGCCCUAAACCAUCCAUUUCUAUCAAGUCUUCAUGAAAUCAAUGAGGAGCCCACUUGCCCUUCUCCCUUUGUCUUUGAUUUUGAACAAGCAUCUCUAGACGAAGAUGACAUAAAAGAACUCAUAUGGAGGGAGGCUCUAAAGCACAAUCCAAUCGACAAUGAGUUGAGCACUUAAGAUCCCCACCCUGUUUGGCUUGUUUUAGUAUGGAAGAUUGCGGUUCACAAGCCUGUGUUUGGAAGCGUUAGAAAAGAGAUGCCUAUGAUUUAAAUUCCGUUUGUUUUCCUUGACCACCAAUCUGAAGAGGACAAGUCGAUGCCAGCAAUCACCAGAUUCUUCCCUCACCCGGCUUGCCUGAUUCGUCCCAAACAUGAAUUCCCUCUUUGUUUCAGUGACGAAGAAGAAAUGAAGUUAUUUUUGCAGAUUGAAAUCGGCUAAACAGAUCGAUUGAAUUUUUUAAAAUAG